AUGAAAGCCGAUAUCCGGCAGCUGAAGGAACAAAUGAGACAGGUCCUAAAGACCCUGGAUGCCUUACGAAGCCCUGGAUGUUUAUGCACACAACGAUCACAACAAGGAGUUCCAGAAGCACAAACUUUCCCUUCCUAUGGUCUUCCCCCGAAUUAUACUCCACCCUCAGGAGUGGACUCGAGACAUCUUGACAGUCAAAAGGCCGAAGGUAAUGCAGUUGAAGUAGAAGACGAGUCUGGGGCAACCACUUUCACAAUUCCUAGGCAGACGAUCCAGCCAAGUAUUGAGAGCAUGAUAAUGAAAAAACAACUUGAGACGAAGUCUCCAUCUUCUGUCAUUACACCAGCAGAUUUUAAGGAUGAUAAGAGCAUAUUAGAAGUCCUUGAAAAGAGGUUGAGAGCCAUAGAGGGUGAAGGAAGUUUUGAAUUUGGAGAUGCUAAAAAACUAUGUUUAGUUCCUGAUGUGGUGAUACCUCCAAAGUUCAGGCUGUCAGAGUUCGAGAAAUAUCGGGGAAAUACUUGCCCAAGGGGCCAUAUAAGCAUGUACUGCAGGAAAAUGGCAGCUUAUGCCCUCGAUGAAAAACUUUUGAUUCAUUUCUUCCAAGAAAGUUUAAUUGACGAGGCUCUAACUUGGUACAUGCGCUUAGAAACUACUCACAUCUACUCAUGGAAAGAUCUGGUUGAGGCAUUCCUAAGGCAGUAUGGAUAUAAUAAAGAUUUGACACCUGAUAGAGCACAACUGAAGAACACGGUGAAGAAAGAGUCUGAAUCAUUCAGAGAAUAUGCCCAAAGGUGGAGAGAGAUUGCUGCUCAAGUAAAGCCGUGCCUGAGCGACAAGGAGAUGACUAUCACUGAUAAUUGGAGAGAGGGUUUGAGUGGCAUAAGAAGUGGAAAAAUUGCACUAGGCCCAGAGCUAGUAGCCAGUUUAAACGAUUAUGGUCCUGGACAUGAGAAGGAUAAGAAGCGAAGAGCUAAUUCCCAUUUUACUGCCUAUCCUCAAAUGUCACAUUCCUAUGGGUCCAGUCGAGCCAUUGAGCGAAGAAAUUACAAUCGCGAUAAGAGGGUCGCCAACUUCACUCCUAUCCCCAUGACCUAUACAGAGCUACUACCAGAUCUUCUCCGCAGAAACCUCAUAAAGAUUUGUCCAACCAGGCCUAUACGACCUCCGUAUCCAAGGAGUUAUGACGUAAAUGCCAGGUGUGAUUGUCAUGGAGGGGCGUGUGGACAUUCAAUAGAGGCAUGCAAGGCUCUGAAACGUAAAGUGCAAUCUUUGAUUGAUUCAGGAUGUUUAAAGUUUGAAGAAAUGCAAUCCAACACUGUGGCAAGGCGUGAGUUCACCUCUACAAAUGCCAUGGACGAGUGA